AUCAACUCCGAAUCCGAAAAAUCCAGUUCCAGUUUAUCCACAGCAGGCAGCAUGUGCGGACGUAGUGCUGCACCUGCUCCGCAUUUUCUUAUCGCGUUCGCGUGCUUUCCAUCUGAGCAUCACCAUCCGCCGGCUAAUCGUGUGUUUAUCGCAAGCAGAUCGGAAACUCAGUUAUCGAAGCUAAUUUCCGUGUGAACAGUGCUGUUCUGAAAUCCAUUAAUCAAAAGACAUCAUAAAAGUCCAUUGCAAGAGGACAUUGUGAGUUCAAGUGAAUUUCAAUAGUGAAAAAUGAAUAUAAAAUGUAAUUCAAACACGUAUUCAACUGGCAAACGUCGACAAGGCAAAUUGUAUCCCACGGUUUCGUAAAAUGCAUUUCGAGUCGUAAAUUAAUUCCACCGAUAUACGUAGAGCGUGCUAAUCCAAAUCGUGAAAAAUGGGCGAUACUUUGGACGAGACGCCGCCCACGCGACGCGACAAGCCACAAACAUUGAACAUUGGCCAGGAGGAGCAGGCAUCCGAUCCCGCAUCCGCCAACACCAGCUCCUCCGCGUCCUCAAUCACCAUUCCCGCUGCCCGCGUACCGCGCCACCGAUUGCGUCACUCGGAUCGGGAUCGGGAUCGGGAUCAGAAACGUGAUCACUCGAGCGACGGUCUGGUCUCGAGUGGCGAACUGCGGGACGAGUUCGUGGGCAUCGAUGCCCAGCCGCGCCGCGAGAGUCUGAAUAGCUGCGAGGUGGGCAGUCCGGGAGCCAUGUCCUCCAGUCUCGGCAAGGCGGGACGGCUCAACAGCUCCAGGUACCCGUCCGGUGGCGCUGGUGCCAUCGGCCUGAGUGUCAUGGGCAACCUGGUGGGCACCACCACCCGCAAGUGCGUCCUCACGCUGGACGGGUACUCCUAUGUCAUAGUUGCCAGCACGCCGGAGAGUUUGCCCAGCAAGCGGGACGAGGCAAGUGGUGGGGCGGGCCCCACUGGUGGCACAAGUGGUGCGGCAACGAGCAGCGGUGGUGCAGCGAGCGGUGCAGCGAGUGGGUCAGUUGGAAGUGCAACCGGAACGGGAACCGGGACGGGACCGGGAUCGGGAUCGGCGUCCGGAGGAGCAGCUGGUGUCAGUACGCCGGCACAAGAAGCCGCCAGUCCCACGGUCGCUGAGCUCAGUGGCAGCGGCUCAAAUGCGACAAUAAAUGGUCAAGUGGCAAGACACGGCUCACUGACGAUUAUCCGGCGCACAAACAGCCGCAACUUUACCCAAUUCGACGGCCAACUGGCAUCGCCCUCGACCACCGCCUGCAGCAGCACAGUGCCGGGAAUUGGCUUCGCCCAGACGCCGCUCAGUGACCCACUUGCGGAGCGAGUGAGUUUCCGUGCCGGUGGAUCCAACGGAUCCGCGUCCGCCGGCGACAGCCGAUCCAGCAAUCAGGCCCCACCAAGCUCCGGACCAGCCGCCACCGCGAAAAUGCAGCCAUCAUCGCCGAAUGCCACCAACUAUCUGGCCGAUAAUAUUCAGAUCUCGUCGGCCAAUCUAUCGCAAACCGAAAUGGUCGCGGGUCGCGAAUCGGCCGACUAUACCAACAUGCACUCGAUUAACUUGGGCGUCGCCAACAACUCGUUACUGCGGGGCGACACCGAUAUUCCGCAGGAGUCGGGACACUCCUUCGAAACGCCCUCGAAUAUGUCCUUCGCCGCCGGGCAAUGGGAUACGGAGAGUUUGCCGCCAGUCGACACGCCAGAUGCUCUUAACAAAGCGGCCGGGAGAAUACGCAGUCUCCUCCGCCGCAUGGAUCAUGAGGCAGUUGCCUACGAGGACAUGCAGCGAAAUCUCCACUACGCGGCUCGUGUGCUCGAGGCCGUCUUCAUAGACGAAUCAAGGGGGGGCUGCAAUGGGAACUGCAAGAACCUGAACUGCAAUCGCCACAGCCACGGACGAGAUGACCAGCAGCAGGACAACAACAACUCGAACAGCAGUUGCAGCCUGCAGGAGGCGACGCCUGGGGGUGCAGGUGCAGGUGCAGGUGGAGGUGCGAGUGCCAAGCCAGCCGCUGACAACCAGGACAGCAUAGAGUGUCGCACCAAGGGCGUUUCCCAGGCCCCGCAGACCCACAGUGGCCCAACGGGUCCGCCAUCCACCACCGCGAGCGAAACAGUCGCACCACCUGCCCCUAAGCUUCAACCCGCCCUGGAAACCGUGAGGGAAUCGGUGAUGGAGGAGAGUCCUUCGAAGGAUCCCGGCGACAAGGGACCUACAACGCCCCACCCCACCACCACCACCUCCACACCCAGCACCUCCUCCAGCGCAACCACGGAGCCAAGUGCCAAGGCGGCCGAGAGUCAAGCGGGAAGUGCCGGCAGCAGUGGCAGUUGCAGUAACCCAGCGACGGUGCACCGGCAACGGCGCCUAAGGACACCCACCUGGGCCAGGUCCAUGUCGACGAACAAAACGCGCCUGGCCGACGAGGACGAUGAGCUGUCGGAGGUGCAGCCGGAUGCAGUGCCGCCGGAGGUGCGCGAGUGGCUGGCCUCGACCUUCACCCGCCAGAUGGCCACCAGCCGGCGCAAGAGCGACGAGAAGCCCAAGUUCCGCUCGGUGGCCCACGCCAUCCGGGCCGGCAUCUUCGUGGACCGCAUGUACCGCCGCGUCUCCAGCUCGGCCCUCACGGCCUUCCCACCGGACGUGGUCCGGCUGCUCAAGAACCUGGACGACUGGACCUUCGACGUGUUCGCCCUGACGGAGGCGGCCAGCGGCCAGGUGGUGAAGUACGUGGCCUACGAGCUGUUCAACCGCUACGGCUCGAUCCACAAGUUCAAGAUUGCGCCGGGCAUACUGGAGGCGUUCCUGCACCGCGUGGAGGAGGGCUACUGCCGGUACCGGAAUCCGUACCACAACAACCUGCACGCCGUGGACGUGAUGCAGACGAUCCACUACUGCCUGUGCAACACGGGGCUGAUGAACUGGCUGACGGACCUGGAGAUCUUCGCCUCGCUGCUGGCCGCCCUGCUCCACGACUACGAGCACACCGGCACCACCAACAACUUCCACGUGAUGUCCGGUUCGGAGACGGCCCUGCUGUACAACGAUCGGGCUGUGCUGGAGAACCACCAUGCCAGCGCCAGUUUCCGGCUGCUGCGCGAGGAUGAGUACAACAUCCUGUCGCAUUUGUCGCGCGAGGAGUUCCGCGAGCUGCGCGGCCUGGUCAUCGAAAUGGUGCUCGGCACCGACAUGACCAACCACUUCCAGCAGAUGAAGGCCAUGCGUCAGCUGCUGACGCUCCAGGAGGCGACCAUCGACAAGCAGAAGGUGCUGUCCCUGGUGCUCCACUGCUGCGACAUCUCUCAUCCGGCCAAGCAGUGGGGCGUCCACCAUCGCUGGACGAUGCUCCUGCUGGAGGAGUUCUUCCGCCAGGGCGACCUCGAGAAGGAGCUGGGCCUGCCCUUCAGUCCGCUGUGCGAUCGCAACAACACGCUGGUGGCCGAGUCGCAGAUCUGCUUCAUCGACUUCAUCGUGGAGCCCAGCAUGGGCGUCAUGUCCGACAUGCUCGAGCUCAUCCUGGCCCCCAUUGCGCCGAUGAACAAGGCCAAGCCGGCCACUCUGGUCGAGCACGAGGCGACCGCGACCUCCACGAACAACUCCGCGAUCGUGAUCCCCAACUCGGGCAUCACGCCCAGCAUGGAAAAGCCACGUGAGCGCACCGAGGCCAAGACCACCGCCGCCGAGUGCCUCGCCCGCAAGAGUCUCACCGGCAACGCCGGCUCCAAGUUCAACAUACCCAAGCCGUGGCUCAUCUGCCUGGUGGAGAACAAGAGGAUAUGGAAGGAGCAGGCCGUCAAAGAUGCCGAGGCUCGCGCUUUGGCCACCGCAGCGGAGGAAGCUGCAGCCGCAGCUGCAGCGGCGGCGGAAGAGGGGGAAAGCAAGCCGGAAACGGAAGCGGCCGAUGGAGAGCAGAGUGAGCCCGCGGCGGAGCCGGCAGAUGGCGCUGCCGCCUAAGGGGCCAGUGCGCCACCUGUCGGCCGGCGGCAGGCUGAAGCGGAAACGAAAACGGAAAAUGCAGAGCAGAAGAGGAAACUUCGAUGGUUACACUGAGAGAAACUGCGGAACGAACGAAGCUGCAGGAAUAUUGUUUACUAAGCUUAGAAUCAGCAUAGAAUAUUGAUAACAAACGCUUCAAAUGCGCUCUCGAUGUGAAUUGUGGUAGAGUUAGACUAACGUACAUCAUCUAUAUAGGCUUAGUUGCGUACACUAAUAUCGAUAUAUAUGUAUAAAUACUGUAUCUGUACACUUUGUUGUUGCAAACGGGAAAGCAAAUUGGAAAAGCAGAAGAAAACUUAUGGAAAUAUUAGGGCCAAGCACAAAUACAAACGAACAGAGAAAAAAAACGCGUAGAUGUACAUAAAUACAUAAAUAGCGAGGAGUUCAACUGAAAUUUGUUGUGAAUUUGUAUUUGUUGGUUCGUUGCGAGCAUUUAUAUUUAGAAUUCAGUUGUACUUGUACUUCGUUAGUUUUAGUCAAAUGUGGAAUUUAUCGUAUGAUUUGUAUAAGUUCGAUGUACGCAAUUUCGUUCUAAUUAAAUGCAUAUAUUUUUGUAA